AUGGGCCCGGUCAAGAGGACGAGCCGCUUCAAUGCCUUCACUCCCCAGAGGGACGAGAGCCGGCCCGCUCAGCCACGGAGGGGCAGUGAGCUGGCAGCCUGCCCCCGUGUCAUCGCGCCCAAGAAGCUCAAGCUCGCCCCGUGGAAGGCAGACGAGGGGAAGCCACCGCCAAGGCGUGCUCAGCCUUCGAGUGCUGAUUCGAGCAGGAGUGCGGCACAGCAGGAAGACGACACUGCAGAAGAUGUGCGACCACUCUCGCAAGAAGCUGUGGAGUCGCUCCGGGCCACCUUCAGCCGUCGAAACAUCAUCCGCACGAACCAGUCGGUGCUGUACUGCGCUGUCGAAAGUCUCAACCAGAAUUUGCCACAAGUGGGCGCCCUGCUGACGUGUGCCAAAACCUUCCUCUACAAUAACUUUACCGACCAAGAGAGCUGGCAAAAGAUUAAAGACCUCGUCGAGUACGGCCCCUCUGCGUACACCAAGUUAGAGCCUCUCCUGGGCAUCGAAGGCCAUUGCACAUACAACGAAGAGUACGGCGUCAUCAUGCGAACUGACUCUGGGCAGAAAAAGCUACGAGGGCAAUGCAUGGCCAUUACUCUUGCUGCAUCCCUGGCUGUGGAGCAAGAGAAACUGGUGUGGCUAAGAAAUCCGGCCUUCCAGAUGGUGGUCGACAUCGCGGCGCAGGAUCGUGACCCACUGCCGCGGCGGAGGAAACCUGCCGCUGAGAAGAAGGCACCCUACGAAGUCGACGAAAUGGAUUUGGCCGAUGAGGCUUUUGAAGAUUGGGAGCUCAAUCCGGAGAUGGUUGAAGGAACAGCCGGCGAGGAUGAGAGGGCAGCAGCAUCCUCAGCGCAAACAGAUGCAGCCAAAAGCGAGCUCCAGGAACUGAAUGAGCUCCUGGAGGCGGAGCUUGCCGACGUGAAAGAGCAGCACGCCACCCUCCAGAAACAGCAGCUGGAUGAUGCUGACGCGCACGCUCAGGCCGUGAAGGCCAACGAGGAGCUGAGAGGACAGGUGCAGCAGGCGGAGGCCACGCGCAAGGUGAUUGAGGACAAGCUGGUUUCGCUUCAGGAGCAGCUGGACGAGGCCCUGGAGGGCGGAGAGCUGGCGCGCGCCGCCUUAUCAGCCGCGGAGCUGGAGGCAGAUGAGAAGUGCCGGGCCCUGAAAGAAGACAUGGAGAAAGCUGCAGCGCAGCAGGUGGAACUUGCGGAGAAGCGUGCGGCCAAAGAGUACAAUGCCCAGCUAGGGGCCAAGCAGAAGGAGCACGACAAGGAGGUGGCCGAGCUGAAACAAAAGAAGGAUGAGCAGGAGGCGAAAGCAAAGGAUCUGAGGGAGCGAAUGAGUUUGCAGGCAGACACGAUCGAAUCUUUUCAAAAGAAGCUCGAGGACGCAAACGCCGCGAAUCUGAAGCUCCAGGAGGAGCGCGCGAAGGCAGCGCUGAGACAUGCCGAAGCGCUCGGCCUCAAGCAGCAGGAGCUUCUCGCCAUGCAGGUGACAUGUCAAGCCGAGCGGGAAGAGAAGGCUAAGCUGCAGGCGGAGUGCAAGAAGAGCAAGGAGGCUGUGGAGGCGAAGCUGAACAGCAUGCAGCAGGAGAGCGAGGCCACCCAGAAGAAGCAGCAGGAGAAGAUCCGACUGCUGGAAGAGCAGAACGUGCAGUUCCAGCAGGAGAUUGAAGAGGCGCUGAUGUCUGACAAGACACAGGAGCUCCGGCAGCUGCGCGAGAAGGUCGCGCAGGUGCAGGCCUACUUCGGGGGCGACCGCGCGCGGAUGCUUCUGGCCACGCUGGGCGAGAUGCCGGCUCAGGUCCACAGCCUCGGGGAGGGAGACCGCGAGCUGGACCUGGCAACCCAGUCCCAGGGCGCUCACAGCCUCGGGGAGGGAGACCGCGAGCUGGACCUGGCAACCCAGCCCCAGGGCGAGGAGCCACCACCCUGGAAGAGGCGCAGGAGAGACCGAGAUCCCCCCGGGCCCUUCAUCGCCAAGGAGGCGGCUGCUCCUGUGGAGGCGGAGGCUCCGAAGCCGCUUCCGCGGCCGAAGAAGGAUAAGAAGGCGAAGCCUUCAGAGAAGCCGACUGGGGAGCUGGGACGGCAAAACUUGCUCGUGGCAAAAGCCAAAGCACGCAAGAAGCCGUUGCCCACGCCAAGUUGCCAGAUCCUUGAUGCCAAGAUACUUGUUGACGACGACGCCCAGGCCGCGCCGCAGGACAUCUCCGAUGGCGAGCAGACUCAGCCGCCAUCCCCCUCUCCACCAUCAGACGUGGGUUGA